AUGGAGCGGUCAGGAGGCCGGAAUUUCGGAGACCCGCUCGAAGGGGUUCGAAGGCUUCGGGUCCUCGACUCAGAGUCAGGGACGGUCGUGCUGGACGAGCUCUGCGUCUUGUUGUCCUUCACGGCUGUCGCCGAGGCCUUAGAUGGUCUCCCCGCCAGUUCCCUGGACAUCGAGCUCAGGACCGAGGCUGCCGGGGCCCCAGUCGGCCUCGACCCUAGACAUCCAGUUUUCUGGGAGCAGGCGGAGUCCGAGAUCACGGGAGAGCUUCAGGAGGCUUCGGGAGCUGCGAGUUCGACCUGGUGUUUCGCGGACCGCUUCGCGGACUUCGAACAGGACACAUUUGUUUCGCCUACAGUUCCGAGGAGGGUCCGUCAGCAGGCUUUGCAGGUCCUGGAAGGGGCGGGGAUUAGGAAGGUUAAGAGACGUGCCCGAAAGGACAUCCAGAAAGCCCUGCAGGAUUUGGGGGCUACGAUAUGUCUCGAGCUCUUCUCCGCUCCGAGAGUGGAGCCCGAGCUCAGGGGGUGGAGCUGA